UCCAAGCCACACACCGUUCUCGACCCUCUGCUUCUGCGCCGAGACGCGCCGGUAAUGAAGUUUGUCCCAUGCCGCUUUCCGUCCGCCCCGAAGCUUUUCUCUGUGUGCUGACUCCGCGUUCUGGGAGACACCAGCUAUGGCGUUCAGGUGCCAACGGGACAGCUACGCCCGGGAGUUCACCACCACCGUGGUCUCCUGCCGCCCCGCGGAGCUGCAGACCGAAGGAAGCAACGGCAAGAAGGAGGUGCUGAGCGGUUUCCAAGUGGUGCUGGAAGACACGCUGCUUUUCCCUGAGGGCGGGGGACAGCCUGAUGACCGAGGUACUAUCAAUGACAUCUCUGUGUUGAGAGUGACCCGCCAGGGAUCCCAGGCUGAUCAUUUCAUGCAGACACCCCUCAUCCCUGGAAGCCAGGUCCAGGUCCGGGUGGACUGGGAGCGGAGGUUUGAUCACAUGCAGCAGCAUUCGGGGCAGCAUCUCAUCACAGCAGUUGCUGACCAUCUGUUUGGGCUGAAGACAACAUCGUGGGAGUUAGGGCGACUCCGUAGUGUGAUUGAGCUUGACAGCCCCUCUGUGACUGCAGAGCAAGUAGCUGCCAUUGAGCAGAGCGUCAAUGAAAAAAUCAGAGAUCGGCUGCCAGUGGACGUGCGAGAGCUGAGCCUGGAUGAUCCCGAGGUGGAGCAGGUGAGGGGUCGGGGUUUGCCGGAUGAUCAUGCUGGGCCCGUUCGUGUUGUUACCAUCAAGGGUGUUGAUUCCAACAUGUGCUGUGGCACCCAUGUGAGCAAUCUCAGUGACCUUCAGGUCAUUAAGAUUCUGGGCACUGAGAAGGGGAAGAAGAACAAAACCAACCUGGUAUUUCUGGCUGGGAACCGGGUACUGAAAUGGAUGGAGAGAAGUCAUGGGACUGAAAAAGCACUGACCACUCUGCUUAAGUGUGGAGCAGAGGAUCAUGUGGAAGCAGUGAAAAAGCUACAAAACUUGACCAAGCUCCUACAGAAGAACAACCUGAAUCUGCUCAGAGACCUGGCUGUGCACACUGCCCACAGCCUCAGGAACAGCCCAGACUGGGGAGGUGUGGUUGUAUUACACAGGAAGGAGGGUGAUUCUGAGUUCAUGAAUAUCAUUGCCAAUGAGAUUGGGUCAGAGGAGACCCUCCUGUUCUUAACCGUGGGUGAUGAGAAAGGUGCUGGGCUCUUCUUACUGUCAGGGCCAGCUGAGGCUGUGGAGACCUUGGGGCCCAGGGUGGCUGAGGUCCUAGAAGGCAAAGGAGCAGGGAAGAAAGGCCGCUUUCAGGGCAAGGCCACCAAGAUGAGCCGGCGAGCAGAGGUACAGAUGCUUCUCCAGGACUAUAUCAGCACACAGAGUGCUGAGGAGUGAGGAGCCAGGGUGCCCUCCUCAGUGCUCCUGCCACUGAGAAUGGGCCACCUGUCCCCACAGAAGGAGUCUCUUGGACAAUAAAAUAGUUUGACUCAAAA